ACCACCAGUUUUGUUUCGUAGUUGGGAGAACAAAGUCGUUGUUUUUCAAAGUAUUUUUAAGGUGACAAAAUACGGUAAUAUUUAGCUUUUCCAUACUGUGAUUCGCUACGUCAUCGUGUUAAAGAGUUCCAAAUUCCAAUCUCAAUCGAAAACUCUUUGCAUCAAAAAUAUCAACAAUAACAUCUGUCAAGCAAACGUCAUAAUGACAUGAGUCGAAAUUCGUAAAUCGUCGAUUUUCACCUUCAAAUAAAUCAGAUUAAAAUAAUAGAAGUAUAUUCCCUUUUUGUGAUUGCCAUUUCGUGGACUGAAUACUAACCCAAGAUGGCGACAUGUGUGACGCGCAGGGUUUGGCCGGCUUAUGCCGAAAUGUGGAGACUCUCGUCCAUCUCCCGAGGGGGCUUUAUUAAUACUCAAACAAGGUCUUUUUUCGUUUUUCCAUUCGGAAUAGAACUUGGAAUUUUUGGCGCCGCCGCGUAUUUUAUCACCAAAUUAAAAAAGCCAGAUCAUCACAGUGUGCUGAGUAUAUUCGGACCUGAUCCUAAUAUCAAUGAUGAAAGCCAAACUGACAGAGUUGUGCAAUGUAUCGCCCACAGAGGAGCAGCCUUGGAUGCGCCUGAGAACACUUUGGAGGCGUUCAAAUAUUGCGUGGAACGAGACUGUAACUUCAUAGAGCUAGAUGUGCGCACCUCCAAGGAUGGCAAACUGGUGCUCUUGCAUGACCAAGGGUUGGAGCGGCUGGCUGCCACGAGUGUGACGGAUGUCCAUGCAGUUGAUUGGGAGAGCUUGAAGAAUAUAAACAUAGGGGCUACACAUCCUAACAGGAGCAAGUUUAAUGAUGUCCACCUGUGUCUGCUGGAUGAUGCGCUGGAUUAUCUACUGGACAAUAAAGUUAGGGUCAUUAUCGAUAUCAAAGGAGAUGAUAAACAGGUCGUCAACGGAAUCCUGAAGACUUAUUCGUCCCGCCCGCUUCUUUAUCAGUACGGCGCUGUGACCUGCUUCAAUCCCUACAUACUGUAUCAGAUACGUAAACGCGAUCCUCAAAUCGUGGCCGCGAUCAGUUACAGGCCUUACUGCUUCAGUGCGAAAGAUUAUGACGCUGUGAACGGGCCCACCAAUCCCAGAUACGGGGACAACUUGCCGGUUCACGCGGCGCUUCGCUGCGCGGAUGUUUUGCAUUCGUUAGUGUGGCGGUGGUCGGCGCGCUGGUGCGGUGUCAGCGCGGUGUUGCUACACAAGGACAUCGUGAGUCCGAGUGAAGUGCAGUAUUGGCGGGCGUUGGGCGUGCGCUGCGCCGGCUGGAGCGUCAACCGACCGCUCGAGAAGUUGUACUGGCGCGGCGUCCUCCGCGCUCCUUACCUGGCCGACACGCUGGUUGGCGAGCCUGAUAAUGACGAUAAACAAGAGAAAACCAACGAACGUCCCGGACCAGUCGUGGACAGAUUACUGGAGCCCGAACGACACGCGUCUGGACACAAUCAUUAAUAUCGAAAGAACAAAAAAAAGUUGAAUAAUUUAUGAUAACAAAAUUAAUGAAUGCUUGUUUUUCACGCCUAAACCGCCAAGCGGUUGAAAUUUAAUUCACGAGUAGACUUAUGUAGAUUAAUACGUAGUAUACUUACCUAUUAUCCUGAAAUGUCCACGAGAGGGAAACCCGGGACGCGGUUAGUAAGGAAACAUAUUAUAAUAAGAACACAAGCUAUUCAUAAAUAUUUUUAUUAGCACCUAUAAAAACAUACGACUAUUCAAUAAAAAUAUGUGAUAAUAUAAAACGUCUGUAUUAUUUUAGAUACAAUUUGUAAUGCCAUCUUACUAGUAAUAUACAUUAAUAGCACUAUCUUAUACAUACAUUUCUCGUUUGAAAAAUUGAGGAUGAUAUAGUUAUGCCGUUGUGGUUAAGAUCAUUAAGACAUUACAUAUACUGUUAGUAUUCGUUUAAGGCGAGAGGCGAGCAUUCUACAUCAUUUCAUAAACAAAUGUUUUAUCUAUAAUUGGCUAUUCCAAUCUUGGUAGACUUUACAGAUUUAAAAAUGUAAUGUUCUAAAAUCUGUGGUAGACUUAAAUUUUUUAUCGACAUGUUCUUCUACGUUUAGUUUAAUCUCCCACAGGACAGACAUUCCUGUUUAGUCGGGGGCCAAUUUUAAUUACACAUAUUAAGCUGUUACAUUACUGGGUUUCCUUAUACCGACCUCAAUAAAUAUUUAUUGUCAUUGAUAAAAAUAUUGAAGGCAUAUUUUCAUAUGAGAGAUGCAUCGCGUCAUUCUUCCCGGAGCUGACAAACCCCGGCAGAUAAUUUGCCGCAGGUCCACUUCCUUGUCGCUUGAUUAACGAGCUGCAUUUGGAUCUGCUAGCACUGCUUAAGGCUUCAGUCACACUAUACGGCGCUAUGCGCCUGAUCCGACCCGUGCUGUAUUUUCUUUAGUUUCACUUACUUAUGCCGUUUUUUUUAUUAUAUGUAUUCA